CUUGAGUAAAGAGCCUAAAAAUUGUAGUUGUAGUAAAUGUACAUAGUUUCCACCACAGGUAUUUGUUCCUCUUCCAGGACAAAUGGUAAAUGACUGAGCAUUUCUUGCCUGUAUCAGUUGAGUUCAUCUAGCAGUGCAGGUGUGUCGGAGGGUGGGAGGGUGUUUGGCAACUCCGCAGACAGUCGGCUCAGUUAGAAGAACUCCAACUUCACAGAGACAUCAUGCUCUCUCUGCUUCCGUUCCUCUACCUGUCUCUGGUCUGGACAAAUGAAGUAGGGGCAUCAGAUCCUGGCCUGCCCUUCAUGGAGUACCUGGACAAUGACCAUCUGGUCUGCCUGAAGUGGGGCUUUGAUAAACUGCAAGGAAACAUUACAUUCAAACUGGUGGUCAACACAACUGGCUGGGUGGGCUUUGGCUUGAGUCCAAAUGGAGGCAUGAAGGGGUCAGAUAUCGUCAUGGGGGGACUUGGACCCAGUGGACCCUACUUCACAGAUCGUUAUGCCACAGGGGACUCCAUGCCUGUAGUGGACAAGGAGCAGAGCUACACUCUCCUGUCUCUAACUGAGAGUGACGGACAAACCAUCAUGACCUUUUGGAGGUCCAUUCAGUCAUGUGAUGACCAAGACUUCCACAUCACUGCUAAACCCAUUAAGCUGAUAUAUGCCUAUGGAACAACAGAUGAGAUUGCUUACCACAGGGCCCGCAGAGGAACCAAGGAGGUCAACCUGCUGAAUUACAAGUCCAAGACAACCUUACCCAGCCUCAACUACAUCACUGCCACAGUGGAAAAUGUCACUAUCCCUCCCUUUCAUACCUAUUACCACUGCAAGGUCAUGAAGUUUCCAUACUUAAACAAAAAACAUCAUAUAUAUCAGAUUGAACCAGUGAUUGACAACCCUGACAUUGUUCAUCACAUGCUGCUCUACAGCUGCCCCUACUAUGUGACACAACCCUCUGACAACCCAUGUUUCAUGGGCGACUUAGGGGACUACUGCUACGGGGUGGUGGCUGCCUGGGGAAUGGGAGGAGGAGCAUUUGAGUUCCCAGAACAUGCUGGUAUUCCUACUGGAGGUGAGGGCAGUGAUAAGUUCUAUAGGCUGGAAAUCCAUUACAAUAACCCAACCGAGGAAACAGGCAGGACAGACAGCUCAGGAUUGAGACUACAUUAUACAGACCAACUCCGGCAGCAUGAUGUGGGCAUCCUUACCACAGGGUUGGAGCCAUUUGGAGAUAUUAAGUACAACAUCCCUCCCGGAGCCACUAAAUUCCACAGCUAUGGUGUGUGUAAUACCACUCUCUUCUCUCAGCUCAUGAAUCCUGUGCCUGACCUCCAAGUGUUUGCUGUGUUGUUGCACACUCACUUGGCUGGGAGGAAGGUCAGACUUGGCCAUUUCAGAAAUGGAAAGCAGAUAGAUUUCUUAGCCUUGGACGAGAACUACAACUUUGAGAUACAAGAGACUAUCAGUUUGGGGAACAUCAAAACCAUCAAGCCGGGGGAUGAUAUUGUCGUUGAGUGCACCUACAAUACUACAGGUCGUGCAGGAUACACAAAGAUGGGGUUAGCAACUACCGAUGAGAUGUGCCUGGCCUUCCUGCUCUUCUACCCUGCAAUCAGUGUCACUGGAUGUACUAGCCACCCAGAUGUGACAAAUCUGUCAAUGGACAACAGUUACCAAAUUGCUGAGUAUGAGAGUUUGCUGAAGACCCUGCCACAAAUUCAGGGGGUCUUUGAUGAUAACAUCACAUUCUCAAGUUACCCAAAUGGCACUGUCAGGGAGAUGAUGAAAACACCGACUGUCACUUGUCAGAAUACCAACGUGUCAAGCGGAGGCACUUUCUGGAUUUUGAACCCAGCAGCAGCAAUCAUAUUUUUACUUGUCUGGAUUGCACUAAUGUGAAGUGACUGAAGAAGCAACAGAUCCAAUCCAUCGUAAUCUUUUAAAUCUUUUAAACAACCCUAUUUCUAUUAAGAAUAAUCAUGUUUACAAGACAGCGUGUGGAUCGUUUCCUAUGUUUUGUCUGUCUGCUCUGUUUAUAUCUUCUUCACCAUUUUUUUUUUAUUAAUUAUCAUUGAUUUGAUUUGAUUUGACUGAUUUGCUUUGCUGUCUUAAUGUAAGCACAAAAUUCUUUGCCAUGUACACCUGGAGACAAUUCAUACUAAAAAGUAGUUUAAUUUCACUAUGUACGACGAUGAUAAUUAUAAAGGAAUUCAUAAUUACAUAUUACUCAUUAAGGCUAUGAUUAACGCUUUGACCAAAUGUAUGCAUUAGAAAGAUUAUAUAGCACUAAUACAUUUGCAUUUAUUGCUGUGUGUGUACUUGCACUGUAAUUGUGUUCACUAGCCUAUAUGCACUGUAUGCACUGUAUGCACUGUCAUACACCCACAUGUUUUUAUGUGUAAAUUAGUUAUAUA